AUGAUUCUCACGUUAAAGGCUAUGGGGCUUCAAAGAUGUGUUUUCCUGGGGCCACCAAAGCUGCAAAACUACUUGAAAGCGAUUCGACUCUUUCCUGGGCCCCUAAAAAGGAUGGAUUUAGCUGUGCAGCUGCACACAGAGCCUGAAUAUAAGGACGAGACGAUGACAGUCUGCCAAAUACCUCUUACAGGAAAACCACUAGCUACUGAAGGUACAUUGCCUCAGAGUCCUGGAGCACCAGUCCAAGGUGGAAAUAGCCCUAAAGGGGACACAGGGCCUGGGUCCCCAGGAGCUGCGCAGCAGAACUUGGAGGAGAGCAAGGAAAAAGAAAGCCCAAAGAAAACAGGUGACCAACAGAAGUGUGAAAGCAGACAUCCUGAUCUGGUGAUGGCUUUCCUGUGUAAAAUUCACCCAAAGAAGGGAAAAUUCCUAGCAGCUAAAGCACAAGAGAUGGGCCUGCCAGUGGGAACUCCAGCCAUUCUUCCCAUAAUUACAGCUCUCAAAAACGGGGAGAGCAUCACUUUUGAAGGCAGAGAGCUCUUGCCUGAAGAACUCUGCACCCCGACUGAUCCUGGCCCGGUGUUCAUUGUGCUGGAGUGUCCUCAUGAGGGCUUUGUGGAUGCCGUCUGUGAAAACGAGACCUUCCGAAGGUACCAGGAGGGACAUCCUGAGAACCAGGUGGCUUUGGUUAUCCACAUGACUCCAGAGUCCGUGCUCCGAGACAGCCGCUACCAGCAAUGGCUGGAAAGAUUUGGACCUGGAACUCAGCACUUGGUGCUCAAUGAAAACUGCUCUGCGGUGCACAACCCACGCAGCUACAAGAUCCAAACUCAGCUGAACCUCAUCCACCCAGAGAUCUUCCCUCUGCUCACCACCUACCAGAGCAAGGCAGAAGAGGCUGUGUGUAGCGUGCCCAUUGUGCGAGGAGAGUGCCUCUUGAAAUACCACUUCAGACCACAACAGGAGUGGCAGAGAGAUGCUGUGACUGUCUGUGAUCAUGAUGCAUUUGUUAGUGAAGCCUUGGAUCUCCCUGACUUCCAGACUCGUGUGAAGGAGUGCAAAGAGAGCCUGUCUGCUGUACCGGGAAAUGUGGAUGCUUAUCCUGAAAUUGUCUUCUUGGGAACAGGAUCUGCAAUUCCAAUGAAAAUCCGAAAUGUCAGUUCAACACUCAUAAAUACCAGCUCUACCCGGUCCCUGCUCUUGGACUGUGGAGAAGGAACAUUUGGACAGCUCUGUCGCCACUAUGGAGAGCAAAUUGACCAAGUGCUGUGUAACAUAGUAGCUGUGUUUGUGUCUCACAUGCAUACUGAUCAUCAUUCGGGGUUGUUGAACAUUCUGAUGGAGAGGCGGAGAGCUUUUGCAGCCCUCGGUCAGGCUUUCAGCCCUCUGUUUCUGGUAGCACCUGAACAGAUCAUGCCUUGGCUACAAGAGUACCACAACCACUGUGAAGAGAUUCUCAGAGACAUCAAAAUGAUUACUUCCCAGUCUCUUGUGAAAGGCUGUGAGAACAUCAAAGUUAAAGCCAAAGGGCUUGUGAGUUCUCUGUUAGAGAACUAUGACUUGGCUGAGUUUCAGACUUGUGAAGUCCAGCACUGUAGAAAUGCUUUUGCAUGUUCAGUGGUCCACAAAUCUGGCUGGAAAGUAGUCUAUUCUGGUGACACAAUGCCCUGCAUGGCCUUAGUACAAAUGGGUAAAAAUGCUACCCUGCUGAUCCAUGAAGCAACGUUGGAAGAUGGCAUGGAAAAAGAAGCUCUAGAGAAGACACACAGCACGACCUCCCAGGCGAUUCAGACUGGGAUGAAGAUGAAUGCAGAGUUCAUCAUGCUCAACCACUUCAGUCAGAGAUACGCCAAGAUCCCGCUGUUCAGUGAAGACUUCAGUGGGAAGUUUGGAAUUGCAUUCGAUCAUAUGAGGGUGCGUUUUGGUGACUUUCCGACCAUCCCGAAGCUGAUCCCGCCUCUGAAAGCUUUGUUUGCGGAUGACAUAGUAGAAAUGGAGGAGCGGAAGGAAAAACGGGAGAUGCGGCUUCUGAAGGAGGCUGCUAUAGUCUUGGAUGAACUGUCUGGUGGUGAGAACAAGGAGGUGCCAUACCAGAAACGGAAACAAGCCAAGAACCAUCAGGAACUACCCAACAAGAAGCUUAAAACAGUAAACUGAAGGAAA